CACAUGCACGCUGCGAGCGGGUUCACCAGCCCCAACCAAUGCAAGAAAGAAUGUUCAAGUCAUCCCGCUUGCAUGCCUUCACUCGAUGGUUGUUUUUGUUACCGGGACUCGUGGAAGCUAAUUCGAUGAACCGCUUUCACUCUCUCAGUGCACCUCGGUUGGCCUUCGUGGUAUAAGAAGAGACUGUCGCUCCUCCAUAUAGCCUAUCCUUGGCCAAGAGUUCAGUCGUACCCAGUGCUCGUCCUUGCUGUGUGCUGGCCAUGAUUCCGGAAGCAUUGACUCGACCUCCGUCGUCAUUCGGGACGUCGUUUCCCCUUUUAGUGUUUACGGUGUCUGUGUUGUUUCUUCUGAGAAAAUUGAUACCCGUGAUUUGGAGAUGGUUGGUCGUCUGGAAGGCCUUGCGACCCGUGCCUGGUCCGUGGGAUACCGUGCCCUUCUGGUACUUCGCGAAGGAACUUUGGUCCCGUUGGAAGGGCACCUAUAAUAGGGACAUAUUUGUUGAAAUAUUCGACAUCAUGCGUGCCACGGCUGAGAUGUACAAGGACCGUAACUUCAAGGUCUACGUUGGUCUCCUCCCGGUCGUGGUCCUCCAAACGCCCGACGCAGUCGAGACUUUGGUUGUCGACCAUCCCAAAAAACCUUACUUGUAUAACUUCUUCAGCGAUGUCUUUGGACCGAUGAAUCUCGUAUCUGUGAAUGGAGAACUUUGGAGGUACAAGAGAAAGAUGCUGACUCCGGCUUUCCACUUCAAGAUCUUAGAAAGAUUCGUGAAGGCCUUCAACGAGCAGGGGAAUGUGCUGUGCAGUAUCGUAGAGCAGAUGGCUGAUAGUGAUCAGCUGGUUCCAAUUCAGAAGCUAGCUACGCGGUGCGCCAUCGACGUGAUAGCUGAGACUGCCAUGGGAGUGCGCUUAGGUGUGCAAGCAAGAGAGGACAACGCUUACGCAAACGCCAUUAUACGGUUGACGUGCGGAAUAGCAGGUCGGGUAUUCCGACCCUGGCUCUGGCCGGGCGCCGUCUUCUUUAGCACUAAAGAUGGCUGCCAGUUUCAGGAAGACAUCGAUAUCCUUGCGAAGACAGGCAGAGCGGUUCUCAAAGAACGCUGGGAAGGUUUUAAACCUUCGAAGGACACCGUGAAGACAGACUAUUCGGAUGAAACGUCAAAGUGUCGAAUGGCGCUUCUGGACAUUCUUCUGGACAGACAUACCAAGGACAAGGCGUUUUCUCUGGAGCAAAUAAGACAGGACGUGGAUUCAUUCAUAGCAGUAGGCCACGAGACGACGGCCCUCACCUUAAGCUGGCUAGUUUAUUUGCUUUCGCUGCACCCAGAAGCGCAGAAAAAGCUACAGGAGGAACUGGAUGCUCUGUACUACGACAGGAAUGACGAGGACGUCACUUGGGAGGAUCUCUCGCAACUUAAAUACAUGGACUGUUGCAUAAAGGAAACGAUCCGCCUGUAUCCUCCUAUCCCUUUGUUACUUCGUGUGCUAGAGAAUGACGUAAAUAUAGAUGGUCACGUGAUACCUCGUGGAGUAACGUGCAUGGUGAACCUGUUCACGUACCAUCGAAACGAGAAGCACUUCUCUUCGCCUCAAGAGUUCAUGCCGGAGAGAUUUUUGACCAAGGAACACAGCGCCAGGAAUCCCUACAGUUACAUCCCUUUUUCGGCCGGACCGAGGAACUGCCUCGGUCAACGCUACGCAAUAACGGAACUGAAGGUCCUCACCGCGAAAUUGUUUCGCAAACUCAGUUUCACCCCUCAUACUACACCGGACAAGGUACAGCUGACGUACGAGAUUACGUUGAGGACUCGUCACAGGAUCAUGCUCAAGGCCUCAAGGCGGGAGGGAGACCAAGUUUCCAAAGGACCAAGGCGUCUCACGACAAGGACAUUGAGUCGGUUCUGUCGUGUCGUGUUUGUGUCCCGUGCUGGGGCUCUGUCCACGUCCCCAACUCCACAGAUUCAAGGAGAUGCGACCUUCCUCACAAGGACAUUGCGUACGGUCGGUCCACUUGCGGCCCGCGUCUGGUGCAAGGAACAGGUGUGUCUCCAAGGGUUAAAUCGUGCCGUAAAGCAUUCUAACAUGCGGUUCACCUGACUCAAAAAUCGUACGACCGACAUAGGAAGUUCCGCAACGGACAACGCUGCUAAUAGGUCAUCUACGUCAUCAACGGUUGAACUGUGCUAACUGAUCUCACUUAGAAAUAUCCAUCUACUCAUGGCCUUCGUGUGCGCGCGUGUAUGUGACUCAAAUCGUUGUGAUUGUGCGAUUAGACUGUGUGAUAUGUAUUGUGCUCUACGGAGCCUCGCAGCCAUAGGCCUUGCUGGAAGCAAGGCUAAGCUUAAAAUGACAAGUGUUAUUUAUACGUUUGUAAACGCUAUUUAUCUAUGUUGUAAUUUAAGGGCUCCUAUAUACAUUCGAUACUAACCAAUGAUGAACCAACAUUGGCAGGAUCUUGAGAAUAUUGGGCCAAUACGUCCUAUCGUGAGCCAAUAUUGGCAGACUCUUGGAAAUAUUGCCGAUUAUGCCCAAUGAUGAGCCAAUAUUAGAUGAACCUUGGGAAUAUUGGGACUAUGUUCCCAAUGACGGGCUAAAUCUUAGGUAUACUGGACCAAUGUGGGACCGGUAUUCCCAAUCCACAGCCAAUAUUGGGCCAAGAUUCUGUGCUGCUUGGGUCACUGCUGUCAGCUUUGUCGUAGCAAUAAAGAUUGAUCGGUUUAUUUAAA